AUGGAGAAGCCGGCAACGUGGCAAGAUGUGGCCACGGCCUUGGUGGAGCUGGAACAGCGGCAGGUUGCGAUGCGCAGCAAGAUUUCAUCGCUGCAGUCGCUGUCGUCGAUACGUGCCGAAGAGGUGCAGGUGCUGAGGCAGCAGAAUGCCAAGGAUCAGAACGGCCUGAAACUGGCCUACGCCGCCCGGGCCGCCCAGAUGCAGCGCCAAAGCCGCGCUUUGGUGUCUCAGGCCAUGCGGGCCGGCCGCCAGGCACAGCGCUCCAGAAGCCUGGCCGCGCGCGCGACGGUGGCGGCCAAGGAGGCCCGGUCCGAGCUCGGGGAGCUGCGCGGCGCGCUGCGGGGCCUUGAGGUCGCCUUGGAUGCCAAGACUCAGGAGACCCGGAAAUGCCGCAAGGAAUGCAGCAAGCUGAGGACCGACCUCCGCCACAUGGAGCAGAAAGCUGCCAUGGACGCCUUGCAGUUGCAACGUCGGGAUGUCGUGCUGGGCGAGUCGGCGGUUGUUCUCAGGCAUUUCCUCUGCAGGGGUGCGCAAUCAGAUCAUGCCGCCCUACCCGAGCAGACGGUGGCACUCUCACAAAGCUGA